UUGAAAGUUAAGAUUUGACCUAGUUGAAAUCAAGACUUCUCAUGUGAAUGUAUUGUGCAGUCAUAAUAUAAUGAGCAAAUGAUAGUAUACAUAAUAUAUGCAAUGAUUUUUUAGUCAUUUGCGAAGUUGAUACGUAUAGUUUCAAAGCUAUAGAUGAAAUCUUUUUCACUUAUCGACAUCAUUUGAAUGAUAUAUCGGAGUUUUGAUACUUGAACAGGAAAUUAAAAUAUCAUGCACACGAAUACGCUCUUUUUCAAAAAACGAGUAAUGAGAACAAGAAGGAAAAUUCCAAUAAGCAUAAAUGCAAAUGGUUGGAAAAUAUUUUUAAAAAUACUCAAAAUUGAGUAUGACAUGAAUAAAUUUGGUAAGACACCAUUAUUCAAGGAUCUCAUAGGAACUUUUUAUUAUACUUUUUAGUAAGAUUAUUUUACUUUCGUAAGUGUCUUCUCUUAAAUUUUUUGUACAAUGAUGUGAAAAAAUUACUACUGAAAAUAUUGAAUAAUAGUUUUCAUGGUGUCCAUCAACCAUAUUUCAUACUCACCAAAAAGUUAUUAAUAAAAAAAACUCCGUGGAAACUCCAACAAAAAAGAACAAAAAUACUCAAAUGUUCUUGCAAAAUUUACUUCGCCAAAGUGUUGAAAAUGUUUGUGGAAAAUAUUGUAAUGUGAUAAGUAUAAUGUGGAGGAGAGAAGCAUUAUUAUAAAUAAAUGAAAGAUCCAUGGCAAAAAAAUCGUUACUCCAAAAUACUCUUUGUUCUGGAAGUAAUUCGAUUUAAAUGAUAACGUGUUUAUAGGCGCGCGCAUCAUGCAUGCUUCAUUUCUUUCUCGCGCCAAUUGGCUUACUUAGUUAGACGGCAGGGAAAGUCGGGAAUAUCCCUCAGGACACCUUGGAAACAAAGCUUGUAUUAACACAGUAAUCCUUGAAACAAUAACGACGCUCCAAAAUUAUUUUUCAGAAAUUUGGAAUCAUUUUAUUAUCCAGUGGAUUUGUGUUUUAAGUGUCAUUUGAUUUUACAAUCAACAAGUGUGCGCAGAUACAUCCACGUGUGCCGAUCAUCGAUUACCGACCAUCGUAUUUUUUUCGGUUGUUUGUUUGGUUAUUAGAUUUAAUUAUAUAUUUUUUGGAAAUUGUGCGUGACUAUUGUGCGUGUGACAUAUCAAUUUCAAAUUAAUGACUUGCGCACUGACGUUGGCAGCUGACAGACUUAGUUUUGACUUGUCCAACCACAUUAUCAGUGAGCAGUGAGCACAUGUGGUCUGUGUAAGAGUGACGUGUAUGACGAACACGUUUGAACAAGUUUAUUCCUUCGAAGUUCGAAAUAUUGUUAAAAGAUCUUUUAUUGUGUUGUAAAAUGGCUGCUAAAACAGAUGUUUCGAUUUUGCAAGAAGUGUUGGUGAUGUGGAGGCGACCGCCUCCCAAUUAUGAGAUAGUAUCUCAAGAAGAUGGAACACACAUAAAUAGAUUUAUUUAUCAAGUUCAAUGUAAUGGAUACAUAGCAGUUGGCGAACCAGGGCUUUCAAAACAAGUAGCAAAAAGAAAUGCUGCUACAGCAAUGCUUGCAAUGAUUUCCCAAAAUGAACCGAAGCUUUGGAAUUCAUAUAAAAUAAACCAAGAACGAAGGCGAGUUAAUCAAUUACCAAAAAUCGAAAAAUUAAAUAUAAGCAGUAAUAAUAACGUAGGAAAAUUGUCAACCGGCACUGAACAAGAAAAUUUGCUUUGCAAUUUCAAAACUGGUUUAGAUGCGGAUAAUAUUAAUUUUAUAAAGGAGUUAAAUGAAUAUUGUCAAAGAAAAAAUUUAUGCAAACCAGUUUAUAGUGAUGAUGAUGAAAUGGAAAAUAUUCCAAACAAAAUAUUUUGGAUAAAAUGUUCAUUAAAUAAGUAUGUAACCAAGGGUUCGGGAGUAUCAAAAAAAGAAGCAAAACAUGUUGCAGCCAAAAAAAUGUAUAAGACUAUAACGGACCCAAAUAGUUCCAAAGUAUCCGAGAAGGAAAUAAACAUACUUGAGAUGACGAAAAUUUCAUCUGAAAAAGCAUUCAAGCAGUAUAAUGAUUUAAAUUUGCAAUCCAAGAAAAGCUUUGUUAUUGAAGAAAAAAGGCAUAUUGAAUUAUCUGACUGGUACAAAGAAAUCAAAAACAUGUUUCAAUGUAAUAAAAAUGAUAAACCAUUUGAACCUUUGGGAGAAUAUCUUAUUGAAGAUGAUUCAAGUUUGAAUUUUGAAGACCUACUGAAAGCUAUGAAUAUAGAAUAUACAAUUGAAACUUUAGCAAAUCGAGAAGAAAAGAUGAUGCCUUACAUAUGUACUGUUAGCUCCCAUACUUACCCACGAAUUGUUGAAAUGGGAGUGGGAAAGACUGAACAUCAAGCCAAAGCAAUGGCUGUAUCAGCUUUUAUAGAUACUAUAAUGAUGUUUUUAAACUAAAAAAAUAAUGUAUUAAGUGGAUGGCAAAGCCAGCCCAAAAAUCUAAUUUUCAAUCUAGUUUUCUAAAUAUUUUUUUGAAUAUUCAGAAAACUACAUUAGAAAUUUGAUUUUUGGGCUGGCUUUGUAAUCCCCUUGAGUAGUUUUGUGCGCAUUAUGCACAAAACUUUCCUUUCUAUUACAUUCAUUAACAUUAUUUUUAUAAAUCUGAAUUGUGAUUGAAUUGAUACUGACUUAAUUAUCAAAUCUAAAAUUUUUUAUUACUUUGUUAUAAGUAGAUUUAUUUUAUUAAAUGUGACUAUUAUAAUAUAUAGAUAUCUACGUGUAUGCAAGUGAUAAUAUCCUUAUUUUUGUGAAAAUCAUUGUUGUAUAGGAUAAUCAAUUGUCUAUAUAAAAUUAUAAAUGAUUGUCUAUAUAUAAAAAUACAUUAUCUAUAUAAAACUUCUAACUAACUAUGUGUAGACAACUACAGACAAAAAGAAAUUAAUUAAAAUUAAUUAAUUAAUAAAGUCAUUAUCAAUAUAAAACUGUAAAAGUUCAUUUAACAAAAAUCUCAUUUGUAUCAUAAUCAUCCUUUGUCUGAAUUAAGCAAAAA